UUGGGUGUUAACUUUUGCGUCUUGUGUUCUCCAUUUCCCUAAGAUGCUCCGAUAGUGUAGCCAUCUUCCCUUCCCAUUCUCCAUUUCCCUUUCGUCUUCUGGGGUUCGCCGUGCCUUGGAGAGAGACCCUUCUCCCGCUCUCCCCGGGCACUCCAUCGGCUCUUCCUCCCCAGCCCAGCCGCGUCGAAUGGAGCCCGCGCCACUAUCCUCGCUGCAGGAGGAAGGGGGGCCCGACGAAUCGUCCUCCUCCUCCGCCUUCUCCGCCGCCGCCGUGCCGCCACGGCCCGCCACGCACCACUCGCUCCAGAAGUACGCGCCCGUGGACUGGUCGGCUUACUUCGACGAGGAGCGCCCCGUCGCCAUCCCCGAUACCGAGGACGUUUUCAAUGUGUACAUGGCCGGAUCGGAAGGGCCCGUCGUGUUCUGUCUGCACGGAGGCGGCUACUCUGGGCUUUCAUUUGCGCUAGCAGCUAAUCAGAUAAAGGGAAAGGCUCGUGUUGUUGCCAUGGAUUUACGGGGACAUGGGAAAUCUUCCACAAGUGAUGAUUUGGACCUGUCCAUUGAAACUCUUACCAAUGAUGUAAUAGUUGUUAUACGUGCAUUGUAUGGAGAUUUGCCACCAGCAAUUAUACUUGUUGGUCAUAGCAUGGGUGGUUCAGUGGCUGUACAUGUGGCUGCAAGAAGAGCAAUUCACAAUCUUCAUGGUCUUGUUGUUGUUGAUGUAGUUGAGGGAACAGCAAUUGCUUCAUUGAUUCAUAUGCAGAAAAUAUUAUUAAAUCGAGCACAGCACUUCCCGAGCAUUGAGAAAGCAAUUGAGUGGAGCGUUAAAGGGGGCCCGCUACGGAACAUCGAUUCUGCACGUGUUUCUAUUCCAUCUACCUUGAAGUAUGAUGAAUCAAAGGAAUGCUAUACAUACCGCACUCCUCUCGAGAAAACAGAAAAGUACUGGAAAGGAUGGUACGAAGGUCUUUCAGACAAGUUCUUAUCUUGUCCUGUACAAAAGAUACUAUUAUUAGCUGGCACCGAUAGAUUGGACAGAUCUUUAACAAUUGGUCAAAUGCAAGGGAAGUUUCAAAUGAUAGUAGUUCGACACACUGGGCAUGCCAUACAGGAAGAUGUGCCUGAAGAAUUUGCAUCACACAUACUGAACUUCAUAUCUCGCAACAAAAUAGGGCCCAAUGGUGUUGAGAUACCUGGCCUCAUAAAAAAAUGGCAGCAUUAAAUAGACUCUGGAGGGAGCAGUGCCUACUGCCAACAUCAGCACUAUAUAGGGGGAAACCUGGGGCUCGUAUCUGUGCCUGUUCAUUGCGUUUCUCCUGGUAGAGAAAGUUUGUGUCAAAAAGAAAGACAAAGCCAUAGGGAUGAGAUUUACCACUUGGUCGCCUAUCAUCCAUACCGUGAAUGGUUUUUCGAGCAACUAUUGUGCCAUAUGUAAAUAAAUUUUCGCACUGAGUGUUGACCCAUGAACUAGAUUCGUGUUCUCUAGGUGUAUUGAUACUUUUUCAAGCUUACAUCGCUUAGUUUGUAGUCCCAAUUGCAUACACCUUCAACUUCAACUUCAACUUCAAGGCAGGCUUCAGAUCUCUCUGACAUAAUAUUGUACUUGAGCCUUAGAGGCCAUAUUAUACCCAGUCGAACACAUAAGACUGUACCUACAAGAUUUUGUUGUCGUCGAAGCUAAGACUAAUAUGUUGUUUUGAAGUGGUUGGGAUCCCAGCACAAAGACAAUGAUAUGCUACUGGUUUCCUUUCUUA